AGACCCCUCACAGGUCAAAGUAUUGUACUUCCUGUUCGGCGGUAAAGCGUGUGCUGCUUUGCGAAGUACGAACGUUCUUGUGACGAAAACAUACCGAAUUUAUUAAUUCCCACACAGCGUUGAGUAGAACAGAAAUGAGUUUACCUUUGAACCCAAAGCCAUUCUUGAACGGCCUGACAGGCAAGCCGGUGAUGGUGAAACUGAAGUGGGGUAUGGAGUACAAGGGCUACCUGGUGUCUGUGGAUGGAUACAUGAAUAUGCAGCUGGCAAACACAGAAGAGUAUGUGGAUGGAGCAUUGGCGGGUCAUCUUGGUGAAGUGCUUGUCAGGUGCAAUAAUGUUUUGUACAUCAGAGGUGUAGAAGAAGAGGAGGAAGAUGGAGAAAUGAGGGAGUGAUGUUGGUGAAGAGGGCUUGGCCCUGUUGUGUGAUUGUACCUUGUAGUUGAGUUGAUGUGUGUUUGUGUUUUCACCAUGUGAAACAAAUGAACGCCUGCGCUUUAGGUUUUUUUUUUUUUUUUUCCAAACAGUUUUGAAAUUGAUUUUUUUUCUUUCUUUCUUUUUUUUACUGUAUGUAAGGUCAAUUUUAUGUUGUGACUUUGUAAUACAGACACAAUAAAUGAUUAUUGUACCCUUU